AUGAGUCAUCCAACCCCUCAUUAUACUAAAUCUUCUUUGACUAAGUAUUAUUUAUAUGAUUUAGAAAAUCUAUUCAAUUAUAAGUAUAACCAUAAAAGAGUUCAUUUAUAAGAUGGCUAUAAAGAUUAUUUUGUAUCAGAGAAAAAAGUGAUUAAUAAUAAUAUAUAACAAAUAUGAUGGAGGUAUCAAAUUUUGAUGAAAGUUCAUAACCUACUAUGAAAAUAAUAUCAAAAUUUAGUUAGUAUGACGAAUAUUUUUCAAUACAAGAUCCAAUUAGAAUAAUUUAAGGAAGUGAUGUACUUUUAUAUAUAAAAAUAGUCAUAAUUUCCUUUUGUAGUGAAAUUUAAUGAAUAAAAAUUGUGUGAAAUCGACGAUAUAUAUAAUUAUUCACUUCCUGUAUUAAAUGGAUAAAUAAUUCUAUUAAUAACAUAAAAUCCUCCUUUAGGUCUAAUUCAUUAUAUAGAAUCUCAAGCAUAAUUUUUAAUUAUUUAUUUAUCAACACCUAAUCCUGAGAUUGAAAAUUAUAUUUAAAAUUCUUCAACUUUAAAAUAGCAUUGCAAACCAGAAUUGUUAAUAGGAAAGGUUAUAUUAUUAAAUUAGAUUAGUUUUCUAUAAAAAAAAGUUUGUCAUUAAUAGAUCAAUAUAUAUUUAUGCCUGAUUACACUCAUGAGGGUAAAUAACAAGUAGUAGAAUGUGUUUCAUAAUUAAUAAGAUUAAUACCAAAUGAAAUUGAUAAACUUACAUUCAUAAUAAGAUUGUAAGGAAAUCCAAUACAGGAUAUUUUUUCAUUAAGUUCUAGAAUGAAUGAGGCUUUCUUAAAAAAGUUUGAAAAUUAAUUUUGGAUUGAUAAAGUUGUUAGAUAAUGUUAGAAUAGAAAUGGAAUAGUUUUAAAAUAGAAGGAUUAAAAAAAGACUGGAUUUGAAAAAUCUUAAUACAUGAUGUUAAGCAACACUAUUAAUUCAAAUAAAGGAUAUAAUUUAUCAGUGGAGAAUACAGAAUUUAUAAUAAAUUUAACAAAGUAUUAAUAAGGGAGUGGAAUAACUCAUGUAUUUAAAUGUAUGAUUUAUCAGAAAGAUAUAGAAGGUAAGAAUAGUAAUAGUAAUAAUAUUGAUUAAGCUUAAUUAUUUUGCUCUUUAAUAUUUUUAAUAAAAGAGUUAAAAGGAUUUAGUCAAUAUGAUUAAGAUGAUUUAAUUAGUUUAAUAAGAAUAACAUAGUAGUCAUCAUUCAUCUCUUGUUGCAUAUGCAUUAAUUUAAUGAAAUAAGAAGAUUUAAAAGAAUUGAGUUUAAUAAAGAUGCAUUUCAAAAGAUAUUUAGAAAUUUUGAUUUGUAGUGGAAUAAUAAUAAAUGAAUAAGAUAGUUAUGUGAUAUAGUAAAUUUUCAAUAAAUGUCUAAAUUGUCCAAUUUAUGAUGUUUCGAUUCCAAAAAUUGAUCACAUAGGUUCUGAAAAUAAUUUCAAAUAAUAAUAGAUACAAUCAGAUGAAAUAGGAGAGAAAGUUUAUUCAAUUGAUUACGAUUAUGCAUUAUCUUAAAAAUCAAAUCAAAUAAUUCUCGGACUUUAAUAGGAUUUAAAUUAUAGUGAAUUGUAGAUUGAACCACAAAAACGAUUCCCCUAUUAAGCAGCAACAUCUAUAUAAAAUUCUUUAAAUGAAUGA